AUGGUAGGGUGCUUUAAGUGUGGGGAACCGGGACAUCAUGUUCACGAGUGCAAAAGCGAAGAGAAGAAGUGCUACAGGUGUGGUAAAGCAGGCCACAUUGCUGUUGACUGCAAGGGAAGGACUGUGACUUGUUAUAAUUGUGGUGAAGAGGGCCAUAUUAGUCCACAGUGUCUUAAGCCAAAGAAGAAUCAAGCUGGGGGUAAAGUUUUCGCUUUAUCAGGUUCAGAGACUACUCCAGAGGAUCGAUUGAUUAAAGGUACGUGUUUUAUCCAUGGCACUCCUUUAAUUGCAAUAAUAGAUACUGGAGCAACUCACUCGUUUAUUUCGUUGGAUUGUGCUAAACGUCUGAACUUGGAAAUAUCUGAUAUUCAUGGAAGUAUGAUCAUUGACACUCCUGCGUCGGGUUCAGUGACUACUUCGUUUGCCUGUUUGAACUGUCCAAUUGAUAUUUUUGGUAGAGAGUUCGGAAUGGACUUAGUGUGCCUUCCUUUGGAACAACUUGAUGUCAUCCUGGGUAUGAAUUGGUUGCAAUUUAAUCGGGUUCAUAUCAACUGUUUCACGAAGACAGUUAUUUUUCCUGAAGAUGUCGGUGUUGAGAGCCUAGCAAUGACGGCUAGACAAGUGGGAGAAGCCAUGAAGGACGAGGCUGCCGUGUUUAUGUUGAUUGCAUCCAUGGAAGUGAAGAAGAAAGUGGUGAGUAGUGACUUACCGGUAGUAUGUGAAUUUCCAGAAGUCUUUCCAGAAGAUGUAAGAGAGUUACCGCCAGAGAGGGAGGUAGAAUUUGCUAUUGAGUUAGUUCCUGGAACUAGUCCUGUGUCGAUGGCGCCGUAUCGUAUGUCGGCAUCUGAGUUAGCAGAGUUGAAGAAUCAGCUAGAAGAAUUACUGGAAAAAGAAUUCAUUCGUCCUAGUGUGUCACCG